CACACACACACUCUCCAAAUAAUCUUCUGGCCACUCUGUGUCUGGACGUGUUUCUCCCUGUCUCUGGACUUCUCUGCAUCUCUGCGUGUGUCAGUAGUUCACUGCGUCUCUGCGUGUGUCAGUACUUGUCUCCCUCGCAGUCUGUCCAUCCUCCAAAUGUCCAAAGUGUCCACAGACUUUAGGCUGCUGGUGCAAAAUGCCAGACAGAUGGUGGUGGUCUGCAACGAGGGCCAGAGAUUUCUCCUCAAGGACGGGAUGCAAAAUCUGGCCGUCAUCGAGCACGCAAGUCUGGUCAUCGGACAUGAUGGUCUGGUGAAGGCAGUGGGCGGAGCUAAGGAGAUUGAUGAGCAGUUUAAUGGCUCCUCCUUUGAGAAAGUUCUGGACGUAUCAGGCCUGUGUGUCAUCCCUGGGCUGGUGGAUGCACACACACACCCAGUCUGGGCUGGAGACAGAGUCCACGAGUUUGCCAUGAAGCUGGCUGGUGCUACCUAUAUGGAGGUGCACAAAGCAGGUGGAGGGAUCCACUUCACGGUGGAGCAAACCCGGCGCGCGUCUGAGGGGGUCCUGCAGGGGGCGCUAAUGGGCCGUCUGACGCGCAUGCUGCGGGCCGGGACUACGCUGGUGGAGUGCAAGAGCGGCUACGGGCUAGACACACACACCGAGAUGACCAUGCUGCGCACCAUCCACGCCGCACGACACACACACCCCAUCGGCAUCUCCGCAACCUACUGCGGAGCGCACGCAGUGCCCAGAGGUAAGACUCAGGAGGAGGCGUUGCGUGGUGUUUUGGAGGAGCAGCUCCCCCAGCUACGACUGUGUGUGUCGGGGGAGGUGUCUGUGGACAACAUCGACGUGUUCUGUGAGAAGGGCGUGUUUGAGCUGGACGCCACACGCAAGAUCCUCUCCGCCGGACGCAGCAUGGGCCUCAACAUCAACUUCCACGGAGACGAACUCCAUCCCAUGAAAGCAGCUGAGCUGGGGGCGGAGCUAGGAGCGUUGGCUGUCAGUCAUUUGGAGGAAGUGUCUGAUGAGGGCAUCGCUGCCAUGGCAACGGCAAAAACAGCCGCUGUGCUUCUGCCUACCACUGCUUACAUCCUGAGACUAAAGCAGCCGAGGGCUCAGGACAUGCUAGAUGCUGGAGUCAUUGUCGCACUGGGCAGCGAUUUCAACCCCAACGCCUACUGCUGUUCCAUGCCACUCGUAAUGCACUUGGCGUGUGUGAACAUGCAUCUGUCUCUGAAUGAAGCUCUUGCUGCAGCUACCAUAAAUGCAGCAUACGCAUUAGGAGCCGCACACACGCAUGGGUCCCUGGAGCCUGGCAAGCAAGGAGACCUGAUCAUCAUCAACUCUCCCAGGUGGGAGCAUCUGAUCUAUCAGCUUGGCGGUCAUCAGGAGCUCAUCAAACAUGUCGUCAUCAAAGGGCAGGUUGUCUAUGACAACCAGGACACACUUGGCCUCUAAACACACGCACACACACAUCACAGCAGCUACGACAAACAUGAAACACACAGCAUCUAGGACAUACAGGACACAGCAUCUAGGACAUACACAACCUCCAAUCACACACACACAUACACACCACUUGCCACCUCAAACCCGCCAACAGCAACACCUUGGAUUGGGAGUUGAGCGUGCUGACAAUUGAGCUAAAAGCACAGGCUACUAGCUCUCAUGCCAGCAGCACUCUAGUAGUCAGUUGCUAGUAAUCAUCAUUAGUAUGUUUGACGGAGAUGUAGCUGAACUGACUGAGUAAAUCAGGGGAACUUCCUGUAGAACACACAAACAUGUGGGACUGAGGAACAAAGAUCCAGGCUAAAGAACACAGCUCCAGUUUCAAGAACACAGAUCCAGGCAAAAGAAUGCAGAUCCAGUUUCAAGAACACAGAUCCAGGCUAAAGAACACCGAUCCAGGCUCAAGAACGCAGAACCUGGCUCAAGAACACAGAAUGACUCCUCCCCCUGGGAGUUAAUUGAGCAGGUGGACAUCCCCAAAAAGGCGAAUUGCCAUGUACUCCUUCUGUCUGUGCACAUCACACAGGUAAUAUCAAUAGUUAGACCAUAAGACAAGCUUUCAAAAGAUGCCUUUAUCAAGAAUAUUGACCAAAAAACCAUAAGAUCAGGAUAUUCAGAGACAGAAAUGGAGAAAUAUAAAUAACGCUUUCUACCGAUGACGCUAUCUGUCUCUUUGUUCGGGCUCGAUAUACCGGAUUACGUAGCGGUGGACUGUCAACAACAUCAUGUCAUGUCUGUUGAUACCAUGUGCCCCAUCAUGUGGCUGGUUUUGAUCAGUUUGCGAAGUGCAAAUAAAGAGUUGCUGUGCUUAAA